AUGAGGAACACAAAUGAGGUGGAGCGGGGAAAUGAAGGGGGAGACUUUGCAGUGGUAGUAAUUCAAGAUAGAAAAGAGGCCCUCUGGGAAAAAACGAAAUAGCUGGAAAUUAGGAAGACGGAGAGCAAAAAAAAGCGGGGGAAGGAGAGGUCACGUCUGGCAGGUACCUGGUUGUCAUGCGUCUGUCUUGAGUCCGUGGGUUAUGUUCGUAUCCAGCAGGGUGACGAAGUGAAGUUCGUAGGCUCGUCUACAAAAGGUGUUUUUCUCACCAAACAAGCCUUCCUGCCUCCGUAGUCUGAUCACUCAGAAUUAUUCUAAAAAAGGUGCAGAACAAGGAGUUCCUUCGUUCUUAAUGGAGAACGAGAGAAGAUCAGAAGCAGGCGACACUUUUAUUUCUCAAUAUGCCCCUGGCCAGAAAGAGGCUUUACGAGCUGUAUUAAAGCACAGGGCCCAAAAUGCUCCUGUAUUUAAGGAGGUGAAAGUACAGCUCUUAGAAAGUGCAUCCACAGAAAAGGAUGGUGCUAUGCAAGAGGCCAGGUCGGGUCACAGCGAGGUUGAUUCAACUACAACCGUAGCAGCUGCCACAGCUGCUGCCAUUGCUACCACAGCUCCACUUCUUAAAGUUCAAAGUGAUUUGGAAGCCAAAGUUAGCUCUGUUUCAGCACUGCUUGAUAAACUACAGGAGACAGACAAGCAAUUACGACGUGUGGCAGAACAGCAAAUAGAUUUAAAAACUGGGAGGCCCCAUUGUCAUGACCGAGUCAAAGAGCUAGAAAAACAGUUGAAUAUUUUUAUGGAACAACGGAUUCAGCAUCUGGAAAAGUUACAGCAACAGCAAAUGAAUAUUCAGUCUCAUUUCAUUAACUCAGCAAUCAACUCAGCUGGGUUCCAGCCAGUAAAUGUACCAUCCUCAAGUCUGACGACAAAGCUUUCUACACAACCGGAGCUACAGCAGCCUGUUACCAACCAAGUAUCUUCACGUCAGAAGGAUUUAUUUUCUACCAAUGCUGUACCUGCUCAAGCAUAUCCAAGUCAGUUUGGAAGGUAUGGCGUUAAUACACAGAAAUCCCCUCUAAAGACACCAGUUCCUCGGAGGCAUGCUCCUGAACCUGUAUCAAAAGAUGAGAAAAUCGUACAGAAAACCUCAAAGAAAGAGAGGCCUAGGGCAGAAAAGGAAAACAUUCCCAAGUCAACUUAUGGAGGCCUCAUGGGUGGAGGGAAAUUUCUGGAGCAGAUUCUAAAUUCUCAAGAAACUCCAUUGAGACAAAUUCAGUCUCCUGAGAAGGCAUCAUUAAACAUCAACCAAAAGACCAGGCCUUCUGAAAAAGAGUGGCCUGGCGUCCAGUGUACUGGCUCAUUCCCUGCCUUUGAAGGCUCUUCCCAGGAUUUCAGUCCAGUUGAGAAGACAGUGAAGAAAGCAGACAAUCUACUUCAAGAUCUUGGUCAAUUGAAAAGAGAGAUGCAGGGCAUGCUCCAGGAAGCAAAGACCUGGAAGUCAAGCAUGAAUGACUUUGUUAAGCCUAAUAACCCCAUUAUCACUCCUGGUCUUCCUGACCAGCAUCAGCUCUCCAAGCCAUCCAUUCUUGAGAAAGUUAAAGCUCCAAAAUCUGUGUUGAAGGAUGCUGAAAAGAUUUUGAGAGGAGUGCAAAACAAUAAAAAGAUGCUUGAAGAAAAUCUGGAAGCCAUUAUUCGUGCAAAAGACGGAGAUGCCAUGUACACCUUUAUCAAUGCCUUGACUGUAAACCGAGAUGUAUUAGAAGAGAUUCGUAUUAGAAAGACGGUAGAUGAGUGGAUUAAAACAAUCAGCAUGGAAAUUCAGGCUGAAAUGGCAAGAAAUGAUUAUGAACAAACGAAAUAUGUUCAAAAAGAUCAAAAGACUCCAUGGAUCAAGAGAACUCAGAACAUCAGGGAUAUGAAAACCAAGAAAGAAAUUAAAACAAAAAAUCAAAAAGCCCAAGGAUUCUUGACAAAGAAGUCUUUAUCUGCAGGCAAGCCUGUUCACAAACAGAUGGGGGAGAACUUUAUAAGGCAGAGCUCAAGACUUGAAUCUUCUUCUGAGAGUCUGCAGAAUAAAGAAGAAAGGGUAGAGGGACAUGUGAAUGUAGUGGUACCAAAUGAAGAGUAUCUGUCUCAGGUUUAUGGGAAACCCAUUUACCAGGGUCACCGCAGCACACUUAAAAAAGCACCGUAUCUCAGAUUCAAUUCUCCAUCUCCUAAAUCUAAACCUCAAAGACCAAAAGUGCUAGAAUGUGUAAGAGGUACUAAAGUAAAAUCAGCAAGAACACAAACCAGCUCUUCCAUGCAGAAAAUAAUAACCAGUCCUAAGAAACAGCAUCUGCUUUCUGCACCAUUUUCUGAAAAUCAGUAUCUCUUCAGUCCCAGUAGAGAAGCACCUACUGUUUGUGGUCCACUUGAAGGUCACCUGAUCCCUAUGGCUAUUCCUUUAGGUCAAACACGGGCUAAUGGCAUCUCACCACAGCCUGCAGGAGUAAUUAUAAGCAAACCUCACCCUGUCACUGUGACUACCUCUGUUCCCCCAACUUUUCCAAAACUACAGCGUCAGGCAAUGAAAAAACCAAACAUAGCAGUAGUAGAGAUGAAAUCUGAAAAAAAGGAUCCUCCUAAACUCACCGUACAGGUGUUGCCGAAUGUAGAUAUCGACAGUAUUUCCAGUGCCAGCGUGAGCCUUAAUGAGGCAUCUCUGCACUCAGAAGCAGCACUCCCUCCUGUCAGCACUCAGAUACAGACUCCAGAACAUGAACAUUAUGAAGAGGAAGAUAUAAAAUUUCCAGGAACUAAUUUCAUUGAUGUGACUGAUGUAAUGCAGGAUCAAGAAGAGGAGGAGGAAGAGGAUGGAAUCCCAGCAUUCUCUGAACCCGUUCUGGAAUUUAAUAGACAAGCUGAAGUUGUAUCUCAAAAAUAUAAUGGUCCUGCAUUUCCACCAAUGGCACCGGCUCCUGUUCCUCAACAUGCGGCAGAUAUUCUGGAUGAAAUCAUUGAAAGAAGGGAAACCAUUGAAAACCAGUUAAUAAGCUGGGUGGAACAAGAGGUCAUGGCACGAAUUAUCAGUGGGAUGUACCCAGUUCGGAAGGAAGCGGUGCCCAGUAUAAGUGCAUCAGAGAGUGAAGACAGUGAGGCUGUAACCUCUGACAUCAUUGAAGCAGCAGGUGGGGGAGGAUUUCAGCUCUUUGUCAAUGCUGGUUUGCCGGUGGACUUGGAAAUGAUCAAUCAUUUAGUGAGCGAAGCUCUCACUGAGACUGUUGCCAUCAUGCUGGGUGAUAGGGACCACUCCAUGAGCCCCCCUGCUACAAACGUUCUCCCAAGCAUGACAGUUUUGCCAGAAUGUGAAAUAUCUACUCCAUUGGCUACACCAUGUGAUACACCACCUCUUGAAAAAGAACCAUCACCAGUAAAAACCCCCGAUUCUUCCCUUUCUGUUACAGAACUUGGUGGAGAAGUUCUUGUUCACCAACAAACAAAAGAAUCAGGUUUUGAGAUUCCAGGUGCCACAAGUCCCGUUGGCACACCUGCUGCUACCCCUGUGGAUACACCUCCUAAAAUAACUACACCGACCCCUCCAGCAUCAGAACCUGGCUUUGAUGCAACAAAGAUGGAAAGCCCAAAGCCUCCAAACCCAUGGGGAGAUGCAGAGCUCCCUCUAGAAGAGGAGAAGCCUAGUCCUUUGAACGAGGAGACUUUUCACCCAAAGCCUAUUGUCAUGUCAGUGGCUAAAGAUGAAGAACCAGACACCUUGGUUUUACCAGCUUCUCUUGAGCCAGUUAGACCCCUUGCAUCAGUUCCUUGUGAACCAAAGAUUCCCUCUCCUGGGCAUACACUUAGCUCUGGCCCAUCCACGCAGGAAAGCAGUAUAACUGCCACAGAAACGGAAACAGAAACUGGAGACAGAUUCAUCUCGGAGGGCGAGGUCCUGUUUAGCUAUGGUCAAAUGAUAGCUGCAAGAGUCUUAGCAGAAGGACUGUCUCUUCCAAACCUGAGUGAAAGUUUAUGCAGUACCCUACAUGACGCCCAUGAAAUGGAUUAUGAUCCUCCCAGUGAAGGACAAGUCAUAAGAAGACCCCAUAAAGGAUAUCACAGAGAUCCUGUUCUUUCUCUCUUGGCUAGGCUAAAUCAGGCACCAGUUACUGCACAAGAAGUGAUAUACCACUCUGAGGACUCUGAUAACAGCAUUGGAGAGCUCAGUGAAGGCCAAAGACCUAGACUGACAAGAGCAGCAGAAAGUAUCUUAAUGGGGCAUUCAGUUUAUAUAGACCAGCCUGCUGGCCUAGACCAGCCUGCUGAACAGCGUCCCCACAGUGUGCCAUCCCCAGGACAGUGUGAGAGGACUGCAGCAGAUGCUUGUCAUGGUACAAUGACCAUGGCUGAAUUGGUGUUGCAGCCAUUUUCAAACCCGGUUCCUCAAAUGACACAAGCCGGUGAUGGGAACGUGUAUCUAUCAGAGGAUACUUCUCAGAAACAGAGCCAAGAGGCUGUACACAUGGAGCCAGUCCGAUCCAGAGUCAUUCGUGUGAGAACUAAAUCUGAAGUAGCACAACAGCAAGAUUCCCACGGGGAUGUGGAUCGGACAGAAGUUGAGCCUAAUAAGUACCUUACAUCUUUACUUGCAGGAGAGGAAUCUGUGCCGCAUUUAAGUUCACUGGCUUCCCCAGCAAAGAUGUCUGUGAUGCUGCCAUCUAUGAAUAUAGAUGAUGACCACACACAAAGUAUCAGCACUAUUCAUGAGGAUUCAGGCUCUUCGGGAGCAGAUACGUUUUAGAACAUGUGGGGGUUUUAAUUCAUUUUUGAGUGUCUGAGCAUUUCUAGGGAAGUGUUUUGCCUAGCUGGUGUGAUAAGCCAUGUGUUUUCACAGAAAAUCUGUCUUUCAGGGCCAUUUUCUACUUACCGUUUCUUGGUUAUUUUUUUUAUUGAUCAGAAUGGAAAUUUAAAAAUGAUUUUGUUUUGACAAAUAUAUAAAAUAUUUUAUCAUAAAAAUAAAAUAUAAGAAUAUACUUUUCCAACAUUAUUGUGAGUUCAGUGGGCCUUAUCUUGUUUUAAAGGGUGUUUUAUCUGAUGUAUAUUUGAAUGUGAAGAGGAUCUGUCUUGUAAACCUGUUUAAGUCCAUGGCAACAUUUCCGCUGAUUUGAUUGGAUAAAGGAUCAGUCCCUAUCUUAUAAGUCAGAGACCUGUGAAAUAAUUUUUCUGAAGUUUAUGGAGAACUGUAAAAAUAUAUGAGAUUGCAUGAGUAGUCUUCAAUGAAUCAAGUGAAGCCCUAUUAAAGUUUCCUGACAAAGCCAAGAAAGGGAGGCAACAUAGCUCUGGAGAAGGAAAAUGCAUCAAUGCUGACAUAACUCAAAUAUGAUAUUUUGCUGUGAGUUGAUUGUAUCAAAGUAUGCUCUCAAUUACUGGGAGAAAAAUGUACUUGAAAACCAGGAUUGUGGGAAGAUUAUCGUCUUCAAUAUCUUUAAGAGCCAAGUUUUAUUCACUUCUAAAAUACUCUUAACAAACAAUAAGACAACACUUGAAAAGCUAACACAGAGAAAAUUGCCUUUUUUGGAGGUGCUACAAAAUGCAUUCUUUUUGACACUUGAGAUUUUUUUCAGACAUUUUUCCGCAUUGUGGCUGCACGAAAGAUUAUGUGGAGGCUUUUGAAAAAAAGGACUAAGAAACUGAAAUAAGAUAAAUGCAAGUAUGAUGAGAAAGAUCUUAACUAGGUAAGACUCCAAAAAACAGAGCUCUCUCGGUAAUAAGGCAGCAUCGUUUAACAGCACUGUAUGCAAACAUAUUACCGUCAUACCCCUCGAGUGGUUAUUCCCUUUGUAUUGAGUAAUGACAUUGUGGCUAGUGCUGUAGCAGACAUAGGAAACAGGGUUUGUGCCUCAGGGAGAUCUUUAUUGUGCACAUAUAUAAAAUAAUUGACAUGCUCCAGCUAGGAAGAUCAGAAGGUUGCUUUUUCAUCAAGCAGUGCAAACUCUUCCACCCUCUGCUCCAGUCUUCAUCUUAUCUCUGCUUGCAGCGUGAUCUCUGACAAGUCAUAUAGACAUCACAAUACUUUCAGGGUAGAAUGGGGCAUGAGAAGGGCUCCUAAAAGGCAAGAAAAUCUCUUCCUCUGCUUGGCUUGUGCCUAGUUGUGACGUUGCAGCAUGUAACUGUACCAGACUUGGUUUCACUCCACCAUCAGUUUGAUGCAUUGCCAUGAACAGUGCCUGCCACUCUCCUUUUAGAUCUGGCCAUGAAAUGGAGCCUGCACCGUCUUCAUUAGUGGUUAAUUUCUCCCUCUUUAUAAGGGGAGGCAUAGGUGUCCCUGUUGCUUCUGUUUUGACAAGAUUAGUUGUGAGGUUCUGUGAAUUGGGUGCAAACCUAGCAAGAGUAAAGAGAAAUAAAGAGAUGAACCAGAAGGCUGUGUUGAAGGCUGUCCCUUUAGGGCAGGAGUUUCCAAGGCUUUGUUCCUUGGAGAGAUGCUUAAAAAGUGGGGCAUCUCACUGGGGGCAUCCCAUGAAACACAUCUGUACUAGAAAAUGGAUCAGGUUCACUAGAUGUAGCAUAACAUGCAAUGCACAUGAGAGGUUACAAGAGGAAUUGUAGGACUGCUGCUUGUUUUUGUUAGUCAGUUAGUACUGAACAGUCAGUCAGCUACAGUCUGUCCACUCAGCUGGUUUGGUGGAGGACGGCCACCAUUUAAACGUCCCUUUGUCAGCUACAUGCAAGCACUGCAGAGACCACACUUUGGGAAAUCCCUGCUUUAAGGUAUGAGAGAGCUCUUGUUUUCCUUCUGUUUAAUUUAUAGGUGGAAAAGCUGAUGGAGACGACAAAGUACUCUGGAGCUUUUUUCUGGCUCUUGGGCAUCAUGCAAAAUGUAUAUUAAUUUAAAAGCAUGCAGAUAGCUCUUUAGUGAGGAAGCUAAAUUAUGGGGAGUUGGUUCUCACUGUUUUAUCCAUCUUCUCAUUUCCUGUGCAGCUCAAAUAAAUACAUUG